GUAUAUUUUAAUGAUAGAUAUAUUUUAGAAAGAAAAAAUUUAAGAAGAGGUGAAAACUUAUCUUUUAUUUUGGGGAAAACUAUCAAAUAAGCCCCUCUACUUUUAAAAAAAAUCAAUUAGACCCCCCAACUAAAAUUUCACUCAAAUAAACCCUCGAACCUCUUUUUAAAAUAGCAAAUCCCCCCUUUUAACCGAUAGCUCCCAAAUCCCGGUUAGAUUGCACAUGUGGCGUAUGACAUGGCUUUUUUCCUUUCUCUCUUUUUCUUUUUCUCUUUCUUUUUCAUUUUCCUUUUCCAUUUCUUUCCUUUCCUCUGCUUCUUCACUCCCGCACCCUUCUUCCCUGCGCACACCUGCACUUAUUUUCUUCCUUUCCCGUUCUCUUCUUUCCCUACUUCUCCUGCCUCACUUCACCCUUCUCACCUUCCUCCGCCUUCACUCCAGCUCCCUACUUCUCCUCCGUCGACUACGGUGGGACCGAAUUGAAGUUGCGGCAGAUCUGUAAAAGGCCGGCCUUGAGGUCUCACGGAGCACCGUCUCCGAACCGGAAGCUUCAACGGAGCACCUUCACUGACUUCCAAGCCAUCCAAUCGAGGGAAGAGGACGACAGACCCAGCGAGGAGGCGUCCGCCACUCCGACGUGCGAUGGAUACUCCAGAAUCUCCGACGACGAGGGUUUGUCUCAAGCAACGGUGUGAAGGGACGACGACCGGUCGGUGGGAAUUGGGAGAGGAAAGAAGAAAAUGGGAGAAGAAAGGGUGAAGGAGGAAGGGGGUUGCUGGAAGCCUGUUACGGGCGUAGGAGGAGGAGAAAGGGGAAGGACUGAAGCCAAGGAGAAGGGAAAAAGAAAGGAAAAAGAAAAAGAAAAUGGAAAAAAAUGAAAACUGCCACGUGGGUCACCACGUGUGCACAGUAACCGGGUAAGCAAUUCAUUACCGGUAAAAAGGGGAGAUUUGCCACUUUAAAAUAGGUUGGAGGGUUUGAUUGAGCAAAAUUUCAGUUGGGGGGUGUAAUUGAUUUUUUUUAAAAGUAUGGGGGCUUUUUUGAUAGUUUUCCCUUUAUUUUGUUGUUGUUGGGAACUUAUCUUUUUAUUUAAAAAUCUAUAAAAGAUACGGAGUAAGUGACUAACAAGUAAAUAGGACAAAUUAACAAGAUGUGCAUUGCUGUAUUCGAAUGGAGAGCUCAUCCGCUUUACCCAUUUCUUAUGUUCCUCAACCGGGAUGAAUACCAUGACCGGCCAACGAAGGCUCUUGGGCGGUGGGAGGAGGAUGGCGAGAUUGUUGGGGGAAGAGACUGUGUUGCCGGCGGGACUUGGCUGGGCUGUACCAAGGGCAAAAUUGCUUUCCUUACCAACGUCCGGGAAAAGGAGCUCAACCUCUCGUCUUCUCAAUCCAAAAGCAGGGGUGAACUCCCACUUCGCUUCUUAAAGAGCAAUAAGAGCCCUCAUGAUUUUGCGGAGGAACUUAUGGGAGAAGCUGACCUUUUUGGUGGGUUUAACCUGGUGGUGGUUGAUCUCUGUUCGAUGAUUGUGCUUUACAUGACCAAUAGACCAAAGGGAAGAGGUGGAGUAUUAGUUACAGAGGUAUCACCUGGUAUCCAUGUCUUGACUAAUGCAACCUUGGACUCUCCAUGGCCCAAGUCUCAACGGCUACAAAAAAAGUUUAAGUUGGUAUUGGACGAAUACAGUGAAUCUGAAAUUCCUGUGGAAUCUGUGGCAAAAGAAUUGAUGAUAGACACGACAAAAGACGCCGAGCUUCCUGGGGUCUACUCGCCUGAAUUGGAGUUUCAUUUGAGUUCCAUUUUUGUUGAAGCAUACAGAUCUAAGGGUGUGUGUUAUGGAACAAGAAGCACCUCAGCUUUGGCAGUGGACAAUUGCUCUGAAGUCAAAUUUUAUGAGAGGUCGCUUAUGAAUGGUGGUUCGUGGGAGGAACGCACCAUGUCCUUCAAGGCUGUUUGAUUACGUGCGUACUCUCUGAAAAUUAUUAGAAUAAGUCUAAAGUUACACCUUCAUGUUGCACUAAAAGAUUCGACAAAGUGAAAAUAAGUUAUACAAAUGUGAGAUCGUAGAAUGUAGAUUCGAUGAUGUGAGAACGUAUUGCACUAAAAUAUUAAAACAUGUUGUACUAAUAUGAGAAAUGAGAAUAAAUUUCGGCCAAUGGAUUCGACG